AGCACACACACACACACUGACACCUUCGAGCUGUCAAUGUACGGUGCUUUGUUCGCUGGUAGGCAAGAAUCGCCCUUUCAUUAUCGCUUCACCGUAGAAGUCAGUCGUAAUGGCGACCGUAUCAGGAAAAAAGGGUAAAAAGGUGAAAAAAAACAACAAGCUGUCCCUGGGUGAGUUUCUUACCGAUGGGAACACGGCGGUGCCGAACCAGGUGCAGGUGGCGGUGCCAGUGAAGCUCGACUGGGCCGAUGACGUGGACGACGACGAUGACUAUCGGGUGCGCACGCAGGUGAUCGCGCUGCCGACGGCGCCGCGCGCCAGCCGCAUCCUGAACGACGACUCGAUACCCACCAGCCCGCCGUUCUCGGUCUACGUCUCCAACCUGCCGUACGACAUCAACGAGAACGAUCUGUACGACAUCUUCGAGAACGUGGAGAUCGUGUCGAUGACGUUGCCGCGCGACGACAGCGAAACCUGGCGGCUGCGCGGCUUCGGCUACAUCGAGUUCGCGACGCGCAACGACCUGAUGGAGGUGCUGGCGAUGCCGGAACCGAUGGCGCGCAACCGGCGCAUCCGCAUCGGUCUGUACAACGAGAGCGACAACAAGCGGCGAAACAAUCGGUACGACAACUUCACGUCCGGCGACAGCGACCGCCCGUCGUCCGGCGGGAACUGGCGCGACCGUCCCGACUCGGGAGCAUCGCGCCCGAUGGGCGACCGGGACGGCGGGGGCAUGCGCCGCCCGUACAGCAGUGGCGGGGGCGGCGGUGGCUACGGGCGCGACCGGGACCGGGACGAUCGGGAGCGGCCGGCCGGCGAUGGCGGCGGCAACUGGCGGCUGGGCGAGCGGCCGGCGCCCCAGUCGCCGCGGGCCCGCAGCUAUGAUCGUGACCGCGAGGGCGGUGGCCGGGACGGCGGCGACCGUGGCAACGUGUUUCGCCGGGGGCCGGACAGUGGUCGCGGCCCGAUCGGUGGUGCUGGCGGCGGCGGCGGCGGUAUCAUGAGACGCGAUCCGGAAGUGCCGAUGGAGCGACCGAAGCUGGUGCUGCAGCCGCGCACCCUACCCCUGCCGGAGCUGCCGAAGCCGGCGGUCGAGUCGGACGACGAGUCGGAGCGGGGCGGGCGCGGGGGCAGCGACGAGCAGCCGGCGGAGGCGGCGGAACCGCCGAAGCCGCGCCCGACCCUCCCGGCGGCGAAGGUGUUCGGCGACGCGAAACCGGUCGACACGGCGGCCCGCGAGCGCGAGAUCGAGGAGCGGUUACGGCAGCAGGAGGAGGAGCUGCGCCGCAAGCGGGAGGCCGAGGCGGCCGAGGAGCGCAGCAAGCGGGAAGCCGAAAAGGAGAACCUCCCGGAGGGGGGCGGCGAGCAGCAGCCGGCCGAAAACGAUGGCAAGGGUGCGGCGGCGGUGGAGGGCGUGAAGCCGGCGGUCCGUGGUACCAGCGCUACCCGCGACCAGCAGCAGCAGCAGCCGAUUGCCAACUGGCGGGUGCGCAGUGCCGCCAGCGAGGAGGAGAAAGGUAAACCGAAGGCGGGGGAGGAGGACCGCAUCCAGUCGCCCGCGCGGAAGCUGGGCCCGAGCGGAAAGUUUAACAGUAACAGACGCACCGCGGACGAUCGCCGAACGGACAAUCGAGAUCAUCGGGAUAACCGUGGCUUGAAUCGCCCAUCUUACAACGGAACUGGCCACAAUCGCGACAACGAGCGUGGUGGACGUGACCGAGGCCAGCCGCCCCGCGACACUAACCGCAACGGCGACGGCAAGGAGCGGCGCGACGCACCGAAACCGGCCGAUAAGGAGAGGGAAGGCGUACCGAAACCACUGGAGGAGCGAAUGCCCAAGUUCCAAGAGCCUACUGGACCGAAUCUUCAGAUGAAGAACACUUUCGAAGGAUUGUCAGCGGAUGAAAUUGAUGACUGAAAAAAUACCAAAACCACCACAAGCUCCAUCACCAGUUGACCUCCCGAAAGGUGGAAAAAA